AUCUCUCCUCACAAUUUUUCAUUUUUUUCCUAUCUCAUUUUUUGAUAUCAUUCUUCAUCCUCCACCAAGAGCAACACCGUUUGUUCUCUUCUUUUCUCUUUUUUCUUCUCUUCCCCUUUCCAUUUCUCACUUGUUGUUCCUCUAUAUCUUUGUUUUUUCCUCUCCAAGUGUGGAAAGGGGAACAAUAAACAAAUCCAAAAAAAAAAAGGAAAAGCAUCCACAACAAAACAUGCGGUGGGGUGCUUUCUUUGCUUAUUCUCUCAGUUAGUCAUCCUUUGAUUUUUCUUUUUCAUAGAUCGGCGUUGUUUCAUUUUCUUCCCGUGAGUGUGCCUUGCUGCUUUAUAGAGGAAUUCCUUUCGUAUAUUUAGCCUUUUUGAGUUUGGAAACUUAUAGAUAUCUUCAAUGCAAGGGCAGAGAGGUACAAUUGGUUCCCUGCCAGAAACCUUAGAAUUUGAUUGUGGAUCUGCAUCGAGUACUGCUACAGUUGAUCAGCAUAUUUUCUGGAAUAAUAUGCGGAAUCCUGCAGAAAAUCAAUAUGUACUUUCUCCUGGUGAUAUAAACCCACCCUAUGUGAACUCUAUAAACCAUGAAUGGCAGAACUUGAGUGGAUGGAGCAUAGGUGAGCCAAGUUCCAGUAAUACACAGAAUGAAGUUAACAACAAUGAGCAGAAAAGAGAGCUAGGAUUAUCAUCUUCAAUAAGUUCUGGUGCUAUAGCUGGUCCAAGACUUGAAGAAAGGCCCUUUGAACCAAACAGUACUUUUUCAUUGGACAAUGUCAAUACAAGUCCUAUGUAUAUGCGCAGCUCCAAUUCUCACUUGGUGCCUCAGAAUCUGAACUUAAAUGCAAGUUUAGCAGAUAUUGGCAACGAUAAUAGCUAUCAUGUGGAGCAUCCUCCCAACUUGAACAAGUCUAGUGGACCGGUAAAUGAGCAUAUGCAACCUACAAUUGGUUCUGGUCCUUUUCUGCUUCCUUCUGGAACUAAUGGUUUUUUAGUUGAGGAUACUGAUGGUAGGCCAGGUUGUUCUGUAGACACCCGUCGUGUAUCUUGCAAAAGAAAGGCUGUUGAACGCAAUGUUGGACAGUCUUCUGACGGUGGAAGUUCUAGCUAUAGUCAGCAUACAGAUGGUAGUACAUGGAACACUCUUCCUACUCAGGAUUAUGGGGGGAGCAGUUUUAACAGAUCUGUCCCAACAGAACAGGUAAAUGCAAGACUUGGCCUGAGUACGGGGAAUGGAGCCUCGGAAAGCAUUCCUGAGUCAAAUGUUGCAGGAAGCUCAGAAAACUUCCAUAGAAAUUUUCGUGUGAGGAUAAAUCCUUCAAGUCAACAAAUUUCCGUUCCUCCCACUGCAAUCUCAGGUGGGAAUGUUAUUAGGAACUCUGGUGUUUCUUCAUCCUCUCCAAUAUUGCAACGAUUUCAUCCUAUCGAUAAUUCUUUGGACUUGAGGCCUGUACCACCUGUUGAUACUAUGGUUCCUCAAAGUCAGCCCCUUGUUAUUCACGUUCCUGCUUUACCAAGGAAUGUGCAGUCAUUCAGGUGGAGUGGUGGUUCCAGCUCAGCAAACAACCAUUCAUCAAACCCAGUUAUAUGCGCCGAUAGAAAUAGUCUACCAAACGAGGAAGCAAGCUCAAGAAGUAUGCCUAGAAACAUUAUAGAAUACCCAAUGUUUGUGCCUGCAACCAAUUUAAGAAAUGUGGUUCGCAAUCCAGCUAGAACUGCAAAUAGUGCAAGUUUAAGUAUACCUGGAAAUGCUGGUUCUUCAUCGCGGAUUGGCCCAAAUUCAGCUGUCAAUCCACCAUCAGCCUCACCUUGGGUUUCUCGCCCUAAUCCUCAGCAGUAUCCACGCAGGUUAUCUGAUUAUGUUCGUCGGACCUUAUUUUCUCCUGGUUUGGAAGCUGCUGGAAGUUCAAGCAAUAAUUACCCUUCCUUACGUGGUCCAUCUGCUUCAUCUGAAUCAAGGGGACUGUCAUCUGGGGUAAACCCAUUUGAGAGGCCAGGUGAUAGUGAAUUUGGAAUUCCAUAUUCUUUACGAUCUUUAGCUGUUGUUGGUGAAGGAAGUAGUAGACUUGUAUCUGAGCUCCGCAAUGUGCUGGGCAUCAUGCGAAGGGGUGGGAACCUGCGAUUUGAGGAUGUUAUGAUCCUCGACCAUUCAAUGUUCUCUGGAAUUGCCGAUAUUCAUGAUCGACACAGGGAUAUGCGUCUUGAUGUUGACAACAUGUCUUAUGAGGAGUUAUUGGCUCUGGAAGAACGCAUUGGAAAUGUGAGCACUGGAUUGAGUGAGGAAACCAUAUUGAAACAUCUGAAAAAGAAGAAGUAUUCAGCUGAACCAGGUUCUCAGCAUGAGGCAGAACCCUGCUGUGUUUGUCAGGAGGAGUAUAAGGAUGGAGAUGGCAUAGGAUCACUGGAUUGUGGGCAUGAUUACCAUACCGAAUGUAUUAAACAGUGGCUAAUGCAUAAGAAUUUGUGUCCCAUUUGUAAGACAACGGGCUUGGCAACACGAGACUAGUCUCAAAAUAUUCUUAGAAGAUAAACAUUGAGGUCAAGGAAAGUGACACAAUUAAUCAGGAAAUUCUGCUUAAUUGUAGCUGAAGUCUCUAGUGCUUUGCUGCUUACUAAAUGGCCCCCCAUCUUCUUAAGACUUAGCCAAAUUUUAUAUUAUCAUUUUUUGUGUAUUUGUAGAAGCCAAUGAUCUCUGAUUAAAGUGACACAUGAGAUGAUUGGUGUGGAUAAAGCAACAUUUCUAAACUGUAGUUGAUAAGGCUUGUUUUACAUUUAUGAAAUUUUUUUAUACAUUGCUCAUUAUUUUGCU